CUCUCCACGCGCUUAUAACUCGCCGCGCGACAACAACACCAUGCGCUAACACCCUUUUGUCCAUGUCGACCGCCACUGCCUCUUUCGUUGCGCCGUUUGACCUCAGCUGCGCGUGGUUCGCGAGCACGAUGCAGCAGCAGCAGAGCAACGAUGGCUCGCAGACCCCACCACCUACCACCGACACAACCACCGACGUCGACGCGCUCCUCGCUUCCGUGUUCGCCUCCAUCCCCGACUUCACAACCUACCCCCGCUGCGAGACGCUCGCCGACUUUGCAGCGCAGAAUGCAUUGCCUAUCGCCGGGCCGUCGUCGCAGCCGAUGAGCAGCCUGCCAUUGCCAUUGUCGCUGCCGACACUACCGUGGGACCUGGACUUUUCGACGCUCCCACCACUACUCGACACGCCAGCAUUGAGCAGCUCGACACUAGCCACUACGACGACGUCGAGCGCGACGACGAGCGCGGGCGCAGCAACACCCCUCACGUCUGCGCUGCUCUCGCCCGAUGUCAGCGCAUACGACACCCGCGCGGCCAAGUGGGCCGCCGUGCUGGCCCGCGAGCCGGCCGCGGACGCCGCGUUCGUGUACUGCGUGAUCACGACCAAGAUCUUCUGCCGCCCGACGUGCCCCAGCCGCAGGCCACUAGAGAACAAUGUCGACUUUGCGCGCACCCCAGCAGAGGCAAUGGGCAUGGGCUACCGCGCGUGCCGGCGGUGCCUGCCCGACUGCCUCGCGAGCGCGAGCGAGACGCGCCAGGUGCUGGCCGUGGAGCACGCCAAGGCCAUCCUCAACGACUGCAUCGACAAUAAACUCCCCGUGCCCAACCUCGCGGCGCUGAGCGCACAGGUCGGCAUGUCCAAGUUCCACUUCCAGCGCACGUUCAAGCGGCUGGUAGGCGAGAGCCCAGACACGUACGCGCGCAGCUUGCGGAGCCGGCGGCCGCGGUAGUGGUCUCCGUGCUGUAUCUCCAUUCGCCGCUUAACCGGCCGGUGUGUGUGCGCGCCCUUGGGCCCGCCCCGCCACCCGCAGACAGACAGGAUAGACCGUCGCGCCGCCCAGCCCUGUACGUAUGGGCAGGCAGGCUGUGCCCUCGCGCCAGCCAGCCAUUGUACGCAGCCAGUCGUUCCGAUGCACCGUU